AUGAGCUCCACACUCAACGUACUCUUCCUGCGAGCAGUGUUGAUCGACCUGUUUCUGGCGAGUGCAGACAAAGUCGAGGAGUUUUUGGCGGCGGGCAUCAAAGACUCUGAUGGGAGCUGGUGCAAGCCAAUGCUGGCUCACUACCUUUACUCCAUGAUGGACGACCUUUUGAGGGACACGAGCAGCGGAAUGCUGGGCGACACUGUUGUUGACCCCAUCAGUGGAAACCUACGAGCUGCUGACGUCGUCUUCAAGGACGGGGACACAAUCUCAUUGGAAAGCCUCGUAGCUGCCCUGUACCGUGGUACGAAGCAGUAUCUGCGGAACAGCAAAGCUCCAUGCGAUAAGAUCUCGUGGCCCAGGACGUUUGGUGUCAGCCGCUGCCAAGAGCUCGGCCAGCGCGGCCUCCUUGCGGCGAUCGAGUACUUUUUCGCCCGAGCCAAGCGCGACCCCGCGCUGUGUCGGGCCCUCCUGGCAUACCUCGACGACUGGUUCAGUGACUCCAGCGCGCGCCACUGCCUCAUCAUGGUGCGCGCGCGCGCGCGGGCCUGCCUGAACCACCUCCUCGGUGCCAUGAAUGACGCCACUAGUCAGGCUGUGGACGAGUCCAGCCAGAGCGACGCUAGUACGUUUCCCGCCGAUGCAGGUGUCGAUCAUGACAUACUCCAGAAGCCUGACUUUUACGGCUUGGAUGGCCACGCCUGGAUCGAGGAGUACUUCUGCCCUCCGGACGAUGACAGACGUGGCGCUGCAGAAGCUCUGUGCCUGCCCACCGUGCCCCUUCAGGUAAAUCAGCCGUGGUCGCCGUUCGACAUGGCGCGCGACUUGGUUCGCAACGGGCACGCAUCCGUGGUUCUGGACAACCUUGGUCCUAUUGCCCUGGACAUGGUCGAAGAAGAGAAUGCCAUGGACGCGGUCCGCGACCUCGAGAUGCAAGCUGCGUGUCUGUGA